UGUUGGUUUUUCACGGUAUACAAACAAGCUAUAGGUGGCAGGGCAAAAUAUGCCAGAAAAACAUUUUAAAAUUUGCUUUGGAGAAGGAAGCUGCCCUACGCCGUCGCCGGUAAAACAACAGCGGAAACAGUCUUACGUCACUUCAGACAGGAAACCGGCCUACGUCACAUCCGACACGAUUUCUCUGAGCAGCCGAUCGAGGCAGACGGCGCGGCGGGGCAGCAUGUCCAGCCAGUGCAGCAGUGUGGCCACGGAGAGCUGCUUUGGUCGCAUCACCAGCAUAGACGAGGUGGAGGAGGAGCGGAUCUCGUCCAGCGAUCUCUUCGCUUUCUGCCUACAGGUGGCGCGGGGUAUGGGGCAUCUGGCUGAGAACAAGAUUGUCCACAGAGAUCUGGCAGCUCGCAAUGUGUUGGUCACUGACAGGGGCGUGUGCAAGAUCACAGACUUCGGGCUGGCUCGAUGUCUGGGGGACACUGACCACUACGACAGGUCGUCGAAGGGCCCACUGCCGGUUAGAUGGUUGGCACCAGAAAGUUUGAUUGACAGAACACACAGCACCAAAUCUGAUGUCUGGGCCUGCGGCUUUCUUCUGUGGGAGAUCGUUACGCUAGGUGCCAGUCCUUACCCCGGGUUGUCUGCCCAUGACGCCUUCAAGUUUGUUAGCGCUGGCAAGAAAAUGGAGAAACCUCAGCACUGCAGUUCUGACAUAUACGAGCUCAUGUGCAGCUGCUGGUCCUUCCUCCCAGAGAACCGUCCAACGUUUGAUGCCCUGUAACGCAGGUUCGAGACUCUGCUGGAAAAAGAAAAAGAUUACAUCAAUCUGGAACUAUUCCAGAGCGAACAGUACGCUUGUCUGGAUGCGGAUCUAUUGGAUGAGAAGAUAUAGGACAUAAAUGAGAAGAUAUAGGGCAUAAAGCUGGUUGGAUUAGAAGAUAUAGGACAUAAAGCUGGUUGUAUGAGAAGAUAUGACAUAAAUGAGAAGAUAUAGGGCAUAAAGCUGGUUGGAUUUGAAGAUAUAGGACAUAAAGCUGGUUGGAUUAGAAGAUAUAGGACAUAAA